GGUUACGCAUACACAAUUAAAUGAGAGAGUGAGCUGUAAAAUAUCACGAGUAAGGAAUGUCUGAUGGGGAAUCCGAUCCUUUAUCUCCAAUGGAGAGCCUCGAUGAAAGAAUAGGGCCUCUUGAUUUGUCUAACUCUGCUAGUGAUUACGAUGAGGAUGACAACAACGAUGACGUUUCUAAUUUGACCCAAGCAGAACUAACUUCACAAAUAUCGAAUAUUUCCACACUUUCUCAUGAUCGCCGAAACAGAAUCGAAAGAUCGGUGACUCACUAUGAGAAUAUGGAUAAAGGGAUUACUAGGAUGCCCCAAUUCUACAAGGCUGACGAGUUUUUGAAAUGUUUAUCUCAAUUCACCAUGGAGAAUGAAACGCUUAAAGAUUUGGGAAAGAUAAAGGAGAGUUCUGAUCCCAAUGGAAAGUCUGUAAAGUACGAAAUAAUUAUAGAAAAUCAACGAGGAGCUACCCUAUUUGGCUCGAAAAUGUUUUGUAAACAAUCAGUUUUGUAUCCCUUGGAUCCUCCAAAGUACCAAGCGUUGACUGGCCAAAAUUUGACAAGUUUAUCUAUGUACCCGGAACCCGGAAACAAUUGGAGAUGGUGUUGGAAAAAAUGGCAUGUCAUAAUGAUUAAAGAUGUCGAUGAAGAAGGUUGGAUAUAUUCCACAAUUAGAUUUGGAAGCUAUAACUGGACAGGAGUUGGAAAGUUCGGUAAUUUUGUCAGAAGAAGAAUAUGGGUGAGAAUGGUUGAAAGGGUUCAUACUGAAAAUAGUAGUAGCUCAGACUCCGAGGAGGAGAAGGAAACAAUUGAAGUUUCCCCUAACUUCAAAGAUUAUCUUAAAACAGGAGAUGGCUUGAAAAGUUUCUCACAAAAGGUAAAAAGCAACAUGAUACCAGGGUAUACAAGCCGAAAACAAAAGAAGGAGCCUGAAACAGAAAAGGCUUAUGAAAAGAAGGAACCUAUUUCAAGUAACUCGAAGGAUAAGCUCAACGAAUCAACUGAUAUAGACAACGACAUGAGUUCUGAAUCAGACUCUGUCGAUUCACAGUCUAUAGUUUCUUUCUCCAGAGACACUAUUGUUGGAAGUAACAUAAAACCUCAACUGUCCUCAAUAUAUUCGAAAAGUCUUUCUAUUCAGUCGCUUGAUGAGGCUUCAGAAGAUUUGAAAACAGUGAGAGAUACGUUCACCCAAGUCAGUAACUGCACCAUUGACAGGCAAAAAAUAAGUACGCUACUAGAGUCAUUUUUCUCUUACGAGAUAGAUACAAUCAAUUACUUACUGCAAAACUAUAAUGACACAUCUGAUAAGUGUGAGUCGUGGAUUCAAAUGUUCAUUUUGCAGUUACAUUUCCAUGAUUCCGGACGCUUGUUUGUCAAAAAGUUUAAAGUACUGUUAGACGCAUCCGAUAUCUCAACCCAACAGCGUGAUACCCUUAACAAACUUUAUCAUGUUUGUUCGCAUAUUGUUAGCACUCAAUCCUACAACUCGGAAGGCAAUCUUUGACGCCAGUAGAUUUAUAGAAGUAGGAACAUGAGACUUUAGUCUUUCCAAUUGCUGAAAAAAUUUAUAGAUUCGCAAAAUUAAUACACGGGUUUGUAACAUAAUGUAUGAUAAUAAUUUUUUUAUUUAC